UAAGUUUUUUUUCUCAACAAAACAACCAAAGCUUUUCAUUACAUAGGUGAUCGAUCCCGAGUGAUCAUAACUAUUACAAAUUAAAUAUGGGUGAAAACAAACCAUUCUUGGCCGUUCUUACGAUCCAAUUGAUAUACGCCGGAUACUUCUUGCUGACAAAGCUCGCAUUCGAUGUCGGUAUGAACACUUUUGUGUUUGUCUUCUACAGACAGGCUGCUGCUACUCUUUUCUUAGUCCCCAUAGCCAUCUUCCUUGAAAGGAAAAGUGCUCCAACAAUGACAUUUUCCAUCUUCAUCAAGAUGUUUUUUCUGAGUCUUCUUGGAAUAACAAUGGGAUUAGAUGUAGUUGGGGUAGCUUUGAAGUAUACAACAGCUACUUUGGGUGCUGCAACUUCCAACACUCUCCCUGUCAUCACUUUCUUUCUUGCACUUCUAUUCGGAAUGGAGAAACUAAAUAUAAGAAAAAGCUCGGGAAUACUUAAAGUCGUAGGCGUUUCCCUAUGUAUUGGAGGAAUAAUCACCAUUGCUUUCUAUAGAGGCCCUCUCCUCAAACUACUAUUGCACCAUCACUUGAUCACUCCACAUUUUCAAAAUCACACGACGCCGCCGACGGUCCCUUCUCCGACGACGUGGAUUAAGGGUGUCUUCCUCAUGAUCCUCGCCAAUCUUGCUUGGGCCUUUUGGCUUAUAUUACAGGGCAAAAUGCUCAAAAGCUAUCCAUCAAAGCUGUUAUUGACGACCAUACAAUGCUCGAUGAGCACGAUACAAUCAUUCAUCGUGGCUGCACUCGUUACACGAGAUCCAAUCGAUUGGCAACUCGGGUUCAAUAUUAGACUCGUCUCAGUCGCCUAUUGUGGAGUAGUGGUGACCGGAUUGACGUUCUACCUACAAACAUGGGUUGUCGAGAAGAAAGGUCCGGUGUUCUUGGCAAUGACGACGCCAUUGAUCAUGGUAUUCACCACAAUUAUAUCGGCCUUCGUUGUCGGGGAGAUAAUUGGUCUCGGGAGCGUGCUCGGGGCCGUGAUGCUCGUCGGAGGCCUCUAUUUUGUGCUUUGGGGAAAGGCCAAAGAGGAAGGAACAAACCCUAUUAAAGAUGUUGAGAAACCAUCAAAUUUCAAGAACCAACAGCCACAGUGAUAAUUUGUUACAUACCAAUUAGGGUUUUGGAUUUGUGUGAAGAUAAAUAAAUUGAAAAUUUGUUUCUCUUAUAUGUAUGUAAGAUUAUUAGUUUUAUCUUGUAGUUGUUUGAGUUAGUUUGGCUUGCAUUUUAAAUAAACUUUUUUAUUAUCA